CUAACAAUAUCUUCUGAAUUUAAGGUAGUCAUGGAACAUCAAAAACAGAACCAUCCGUUAUUAAAUUAUAAAUCAUAUUAGAAAUUCAGUGAGGGAUUCCUGACGCACGACGUCGUCAGCUGUUGCGUUCUGGCACGUGAUUGGUCAGAAAGCCGUUCGGAGAAAACAGCUGAUUAUUUUAGAAGCAAACCUGAAGGAAACUUUUUGUAUCGCUCGGAUAAAUAACAUACGACACAGCACGCUAGUGUAAGUCACUUAAACGCAGCAAGAGGUCGCUGUCUGUCUGAAAAUCAGCAAAUAUCAGAAUUGUACCGUCAAUUUCUCCGCUCUAGUGGAAUGCACCGGUUUUUCCUUUCACCUUCUUAACGUUUGCUGUUUGCUGUUUACUUCGUUGAUCCUGAUAACGAUGAACUUCAGCAUAAAUGCCCAUGGCGGCAGUCACACCAGCAAAGAAAGCAUUCCACAUCCAGUGCAGGUCCAGCGAGGCAAGCAGCGGAUCGUCCUCGGUGUGUUGUCAGAAAAUGAUUAUCAUGGUCGAUCCUACAGCCAGGGAAGUCAAUUUUCCAAACAAAGUUCGAUCUCAGACAGCUCCCAUCUCGCCUUCCUUAGCCGUCCCUCCAGUUCCAGCUUUGAUAUUUAUGUUGAGGAGGCUUGUGAAGUUGUUCUUGCUCCUUCUGGUCAAGAAGUUGUCUCAGAGAGCUAUAACGUAGUGGCCGAAACUACUGCUGAUUUAAGAUUCUUGACGGAACUGAGUAUAAGUUCAGGCCAUGAUGCUUCUAUGCAGUCUGAACAAGAUGAAUCCCUGAUGUCAAAGGAAGUGCUGUGUGUUUCUGAAUAUGCAGAGGACAUUCAUCUGCACUUGAGGGAGCGUGAAAUAAAGUCCAGGCCAAAGCCAGGCUACUUAGAGAAACAUCCAGAGAUCACCAAUGGCAUGCGAGUGAUUCUGGUGGACUGGCUGGUGGAAGUCGUCCAGGAAUACAGGCUUCGCUGUGAAACGCUGCACCUUGCCGUCAACUAUUUAGACCGCUUUCUGUCGUGCACUGCAUUGGUGAAACGUGGCAAGUUGCAGCUGGUCGGCACAGCUGCGUUAAUGAUUGCUGCAAAAUACGAGGAGAUCUGCCCCCCAGAGCUGAAUGAGUUUGUGUACACCACAGACAGCACCUACACUAAGAAACAGCUGGUCCGGAUGGAGCAUGUUUUCCUAAAAGUGUUGUCCUUUAGGAUGGCAGCGCCCACAACAAACCAGUUUCUUCGCCUUUUCAUGUCAGUCCACCCUGUCUGCACCAUCACAGAGAACCUGGCCCAGUAUGUAGCAGAGUUAAGCCUGCUGGAAAUGGAUCCAUUCCUACAGUACACCCCAUCUCUAGUAGCAGCUGGAGCAUACUGCCUAGCUGCUUACAUUGUAAACAAAUCUCUCUGGCCCGAUUCCUUAAAUGCCUUUACUGGUUAUACCACUGCGGAAAUUGUGCCUUGCAUGACUGCCCUCCACAAGCUGUACAUCAGUGCAGAGAGUCAUCCUCAACAGGCCAUCAGGGAAAAGUAUAAGACUUCAAAGUAUUUUCGUGUUUCAUUGAUCACUGCACCUGCUGCUCUGCCUUUUCAUGAAUAAUUGCCCCACGCUUCUUGAACGCUUCUGCCAGAAAAUAAUAGACUGAGAACCAAACAAACCCAGCUGAUUCCACUGCCAAACCCAUACAUGGCAAACUCCUCUAUAUAUUUUAUACAAAUUCAAUAAAACAUUUUUUAUUAAAACCUACCUCAUGACAGGUUUUUUUAAUACUGGCAAGUGUUCAUGCUCAAUGUCAGGUUUUUGUUUUGUUACCAUCACUACCAUUAUGAUUAUAUAAGUGUUUACCAUAGCAUUGUUGUGUGUGCAAAUGUUUAUAUUUCAU